CAACAGUGAAUCCAACCGCUCUCAUUUGAAGCUGUGAGAGGAGAAGAGAAACGCACCUCCAAACUCAAACGAAGCUUUCAGCUGCCAGAAGCUUCCCCUGUUCGAGGAGAACUCGCCGUCUUCCACAUCCAAUCGAGGUUUAAAAUUCAGAAUGGAAACCGAAGGUGUUGAAAUCUCUAAGAAACGGAUGAAACCUUCUGUGGAGAAUGAAGUGAACGAGUCCGAAGGGGCUAUUGCAAAAAUUGCAGAAGAUGAAGCUGCAAUGAACACCUUGGCUUCUGAACAAAUUGAGCUCGAGAUUGCUCAAAUAUUUGAAAAGAUCAAUCGGUUUACUCAGCUGGUGUCAGAGAUGCUGGAAUCAGGGAAGACCAUGUUGAAGGAACUAAGCAAUGAAUUUGAAGAACGGAUGAUUUUAAUCCACCAAGAACAGAUGGAAAAAUGGCAGGAGGAAAUUAAGGAACUGCGCUUGCUAGACGCUUCAAAUGAGGAAGCUGAUGCAGUUUUACAAAACGCCAAGUACUUGAUUCACAACAUUCAUGUUGACUCUUGAAGGUAGCUUCUCAAUUUAAAUGAACUUGAAGCCUAUCCCGCCCUUCUAGCUAUAUUAGUGUUUAACAUUAGAAGGCAUCUGCAAUUCUGACUUCUGCUGGGUAUGAUUAUAUGAAUGUUCCAGCAUAUGAGAUGCAUUUUGCAAUGUGUAUAAAUGGUUCUAGGGAUC